AUGCUUCACAGAGUUUCUUCAUACACCAUGUUUGUUAUGACCACAGCCUCUGCAGGCCACCUCAGUGACACUGAACUUGCUGCCAUGUCACUUGCCACUAAUGUAAUUUUAGGCUUCGACUUCAACUUACUGUUGGGAAUGUCGAGCGCGCUGGAAACUUUGUGUGGCCAAGCAUUUGGGGCAAAGAACUACCGGAUGUUGGGGAUAUAUCUACAGCGUUCAUGGAUUAUUCUAUUCGUUUGCUGCGUCGCAAUAUCGCCCCUGUUAUAUUUCACAACACCACUUCUCAAGCUCCUGGGACAGAGUCCACAAGUAGCUGAGCUUGCUGGGACUGUGGCGUUGUCUUUUAUUCCUCUUCAUUUCAGCUUUGCAUUUCAGUUUCCCCUUCAGAGGUUCCUGCAGAGUCAGCUGAAGAACAGUGUAAUAGCCUGGGCGACUCUUGUGGCCCUAAUUGUGCAUUUGUUCGUGAAUUGGUUUGUCCUUUUUAAGCUGAAAUUGGGAUUGGUUGCUAUUUCACUUGCGCUUGGAUUUUCGUGGUGGGUCGUCGUGUUUGUUCUACUUGGCUACAGUUUAAGUGGCACAUGUCCUCAUUCAUGGACUGGAUUCUCGUGGGAAGCAUUUUCUGGUCUCUGGCAAUUCCUAAAGCUCUCGGUUUCCUCUGGUGUCAUGAUUUGCCUGGAAAACUGGUAUUACCAAAUACUGGUGGUUUUUGCUGCACGUGUUGGGAAUUCUGUUGCUUUUGAUGCGUUAUCUAUUUGCAUGACAAUCAACGGAUGGGAGAAUAUGAUCCCUGUUGGAUUCUUCAUUGGAACGGGAGUGAGGGUGGCAAAUGAGCUGGGAGCAGGGAAUGGAAGAAAAGCCAAAUUUGCAACCAUAGUAUCUGUGACACAAUCAAUUCUGAUUAGUAUCGUAUUCUGGUUCAUGAUCAUAUUUUUCCACAACGAAAUUGCAUUGGUUUUCACAAGCAGCGAACCGGUGCUGAAAGAAGUAAGCAAGCUCUCUGUAUUUUUGGCCUGUACCAUCCUACUCGGCAGCGUUCAACCAGUUCUUUCAGGAGUUGCCGUUGGAUCCGGAUGGCAGUCAUAUGUGGCAUACAUUAAUUUGGGAUGUUAUUAUUUGGUUGGAGUUCCAUUUGGAGUGCUGAUGGGUUGGGUAUUCAAGCAAGGCGUACUGCGGAUCAUACGUCUAAAUCCAUUUCAGACAUUGAUAUUGGCCAUCAUUGUCAUCAGAUGUGAUUGGGAUAAAGAGGCUUUGAAGGCAGGCAUGCAUAUUGAAAAGUGGGGGAAUAUUAGUCCGGCGGGUUCACUGAUAUGA